AUGGUUGCAACCCCUAUGUCAACGGAUAAAGAGUUAUUCAAGAGGCUCCAAAAUAUUCUCCCGAGAUGGGAAAACCCUUAUGAGGUGUUCCCGAUUAAUCAGCAUGUAAUAUUAGAUGCGGAUGCCGAAGAAAGCACCGAUGAAAACGUGCAGUAUGUCUCGAACGUGUACAACCCUGAUGAUCCAGAGGACCAGGAGGAAUCCCUAGAAAGUUACUUGAAGAGCUACACUACAGAAUUAGAGCUGAUCGAGCAGCAGAACCUGGUGAACCUAACGAAACUCGCGUUCUGGAAAGCAUCCUCUUUUAAGGUAGGAAACCCUAUAGCAAAUGCCAUUGAUGACGAUCCAACCACUUUUUGGCAAAGCGAUGGAUUGCAGCCACAUAGAAUCGAUAUAAACUUUAGUAAAAGAGUCGAUGUUGUCCAAUUGGCGAUGUAUUUUUGUCUUGUGACGGACGAGUCAUAUACGCCGGAGCUGUUUAAGGUAUACGCUGGGUACAGUCCUUCGGAUGCAUCAUUAUAUCGUACAUUUGAAGUAAAAAACGUUAACGGUUGGGUGGUGAUAACUUUCAAGGGGAAUAGACCCCAUGAUAAUUUACUAAGGUGCAGAUUUAUCCAGAUACAAAUCCUUAGCAAUCAUGAGAAUGGAAAAGAUUCUCAUCUCAGAGGAAUUAAAAUAUUUGGCAAUAGCACAGCAUCGAGACAUACUGUGAAAGACCCAAAUACCUUGGCUUUAGACAACUUUGAAAAUUCCUCAUUGUUUACAUACCAGAGCAUCAGAUAG